UUGGCUGAAGCCCCAAAAGAGUCUUAAUUGCUGUACUGCUCCAAGCCUUUUAUUCACCCUCUCAACCAAGAAAAACUCAAUCCAAAAAGAAAAAUAAGAGGAAGCAGAAGCAGAAGCAGAAGCAGAAGCAGAAAAUGAGCUAUCAACAAGUUCCCCCUCAGGAAACCUACCCUCCACCAGGAGUGUCACAUCCUUACCCUGCUCCACCUCCACCAUAUGGUUCUCUGCCGCCGCCGCCGCCGCCGCCGCCGCGAGGAGUUUAUCCUCCGCCGCCUUAUCCGCCGCCGCCCGGUGGUGCUUACCCUCCGCCGCCGCCCGGUUACCAAGGGUAUUUCUAUGAGGGGUACCCUCCACCGCCACCACCUCAAUCUCACAUACACCAGCACAGCCAUAGGCAUGAUGACGAUUUUUGCCCCUCAUUCUUAAAAGGAUGUUUGGCUGCGCUUUGCUGCUGCUGUGUGCUCGAAGAAUGCUGCUUCUAAGAAGUUACAGAUCGGAGCUUCCUGCUGGUGUCUGAAUUAUUUAGCUCUCUGCAGUCUAGAAAACCUUCGAAUUAGCGGAAAAUUCUCGGACAGUAGUUGCUGUUUUCUUGGUAUUGUCUUAUGUAAGUGGGGUUUGGCUGUUAAUAAAUCAUAAAUAUUAAGAACUUAGGAAACUGCCAUAUAUAUAUAUAUAUAUAUAUAUAUGUGGUGUAAGUGAUUAUGGGUAAUUUGUCUAAAAGCAGAAGUGGUACAAUGUAUUGUUGCUGGUAGAUUUGUGAUGAAGCUUUGCUUUUGUUUAAGUGUAUGGAAAUAAGAAGAAUUUCUCUGCUAA